GCAGUGACGAAAACGAAUGAGCUGUACAGGAGAAAAAGUAGAAACAGGUUUACUUAGAUAUAGGAAAGAAUUUAAUACACGCGACUUCCCGAAUCCAAGGGUAACUAAAAGAACACCAGUAGCAUCUUGGAAGUGGUGUCCCUUUAUUCAGUACACUCUGUGGAACACUAUAAACAUGGCUCAAUGGAAGGAAGUCCAGCACUUAGAAAUUAAGUUUUUGGAGCAGGUGGACCAUUUUUAUGAUGACAACUUCCCCAUGGAAAUUCGACAGUUUCUGGCAGACUGGAUUGAAAAUCAGGACUGGGAUGCUGCUUCAAACAGUGAGUCAAUGGCCACUGUCCUCUUUCACAAUCUAUUGUCACAGCUGGAAGAGCAGUGUUCCCAGCAGAAGAUGUUUCUCCAGAGACACAACCUGAAAAGAAUCAAACAGCAGAUUGAAGUGAAAUAUAGAGCAAAUCCUUUGCACAUGGCAGGAGUUAUAUCGAACUGCCUUAGAGAGGAGAGGAGGAUAAUUGCUACUUCAUGUAUGUUGGAACAGGGACCACUGGAGACAUCCAUGCAGAACUCGGUUGUUUUCGAAAGACAAAGAAAUUUGGAAAACAGGGUAGCUGUGAUAAGGAGCAGUGUGCUGAUAAUCGAACAAGGUGUGAAAUAUUUGGAAGACAUGCAGGACGAGUUUGAUUUCAGAUUCAAAACACUACAAUCCAGAGACCCAGCUGAAAGGAACAAUGACCAUGUGAGGCAGGAGGUUGUCAGACUGCAGGACAUGCUGAACACACUGGACUACAAGAGGAAGGAAACACUUGGUAAGAUGACAGACCUCAUAAAGGAAAUUGAAUCACUAAUGAACACGCCGCUGAAUGAGGAGCUAAUGGACUGGAAGAGACGGCAGCAGAUCACCUGCAUUGGAGGGCCUCUUCUAACAGGGCUCGACCAGCUGCAGAACUGGUUUACAUUGACAGCACAGAGCUUAUUUCAAGUCAGAAGGCAGCUGGAUAAGUUGGAAGAGCUUGUGAUGAAAGUAACAUAUGAUGGAGACCCUAUUCCCUUAGAAAAACCUCACCUGGAAGAAAGGGUCAAAUUAUUGAUCUACCACCUCAUUAAAAGCUCAUUUGUGGUCGAAAGGCAGCCCUGCAUGCCAACCCAUCUUCAGAGGCCGCUUGUGAUUAAAACUGGAGUGCUGUUCACCACCAAGCUCAGGUUGCUGGUUAAACUACCAGAAGUAAACUAUCAGCUGAAGGUCAAGACAACAUUUGACAAGGAUCUUCAGGCAGGCAGAGUGAGUCGUCAGUUUUUCAUAUUAGGAACAGCCACAAAACUGAUGGACGUAGAAGAAUUUUCCAACGGAUGUUUGUCUGUGGAGUUCCGGCACCUGCAACUCAAGGAACGCAAAUACGUGAAUGGGUCAAAGGGAAAUGAGGGCCCUCUAUUCGUCACAGAAGAGCUUCAUUCCAUAAGUUUUGAGGCUCAGUUCUCUAUACAGGGAUUAACAAUAGACUUAGAGACAAGCUCUUUGCCUGUUGUUGUUAUUUCCAAUGUGAGUCAGCUUCCUGGUGGUUGGGCUUCUGUUAUAUGGUACAACCUAUUGACAGACGAACCUAAGAACCUGUCUUUCUUCACCAGCCCUCCCCCUGCCACCUGGAGCCAGCUGUCUGAAGUGCUGAGCUGGCAGUUUUCAUCAUUUGUUGGACGAGGUCUCAAUAACGAACAACUCAGCAUGCUAGGAGAGAAACUCCUGGGUCAACACAUUUCCCGCAAUGAGUGCCAGGUUCACUGGUCAAAGUUCUGUAAGGAAAACAUACCUGGGAAGCCUUUCAGUUUCUGGCACUGGUUAGAUUCAAUACUAGAACUAAUAAAGAAGUACCUCCUGCCUCUUUGGGUAGAUGGAUAUAUCAUGGGGUUUGUGAGCAAGGAGACUGAGCGUGCCUUGCUGAAAGAGAAGGAGCCUGGGACCUUCCUGUUGAGAUUCAGCGAGAGCCACUUAGGAGGAAUCACCUUCACGUGGGUGGAUCAGUCGGAGAGCGGAGAAGUGAAGUUUAACUCAGUGGAGCCUUACACCAAGAGUCGUCUGACUGCACUGCCUUUCGCUGACAUUAUCAGAGACUACAAAGUGAUAGUUGAUAGAAAUGUUCCAGAGAACCCGCUAAAGUUACUCUACCCAGGCAUCCCAAAAGAUGAUGCUUUUGGAAAACAUUACAACAGUCAGCCAAGUACAGAAUCACAGUAUAUUCCAUCAGUUUUCAUCCCUGUCUCCCAGUUUACAAAUCCUUCAACUGCCUCAUUCUCCUCACUCGACCUUCUGCCCAUGUCUCCCGGGAUGUUUGAUGAACUCACACAGAAACUCAGUCCUGUGGAAAUUGAGACCGCUAUGAGUUCUCCCUAUUCAGAGUAAUUUGGACUAUCUGAGGAAGUAAAGACAAUCUCUUCAACCAUAUGCACUUAAACCUUUUCUGUUACAAGCUCUGAAAACAAAAGAUUAAAACAAAUCUAACAUCUCA